AAACAAAUUUGUCGGUGACAGGCACCUUUCUUGCACAAUAAAUUCAUCUCUACAAUACGAUUCCAUUCCUUUUUCUUCUUCUUCAGGCCCAGAUCCAACAUCCCCGAUUUCUUUAAUUAGGCUUUGUUCAUUCAACUUCCAAUCUUAGCCAAUCAUUUCCUUAAUCACAGUUCCACUAGUUAAUCAAAGGCAAAAAGCGGACAGAUCUUGACUGAUAGGUUCUAUUCAGCUGCAGAGUUUUGGGUCUUUUUCUAGCGGUUCCAUUUCCCGAGGACUCCAGAUUUCCACCUACCCUGGUGACCUAUUGCGAAGUUCCCCAUCGUUUCAAUGUAUUGUGCUUGAGCUGGAUCUUGGUUAUUUGACUCAUCUGAGCGUUGCAUUUACGAGGCUGCUUUGUACUGCGCGAAAUGGGAGAGAAAUCGAGGUCUAGAGGAUUUUGUGGAUGGUUUCUGGUGUUGGUGAUUCUUGGUUUGAUCGCUGGUGCUAUAGUAUUUGCAGUCAAGAAGAAGUCGAGUCACUCUGAUGAUGAGCCUGCUCCAGUUCCGGGCCCCCCUGGCGCAAUCGUGAAGAAAUAUUCCGAUGCUCUCAAAAUAGCCAUGAAGUUUUUCGAUGUGCAGAAGUCUGGGAAGUUGGUAGAUAACACAAUUUCUUGGAGAGGGGAUUCGGGGUUGAAAGAUGGAACUGAAGCGAAAUUGGAUCUAUCUAAGGGGAUGUAUGACGCUGGGGAUCAUAUCAAGUUUGGUUUCCCAAUGGCUUUUACUGCAACAGUGUUAUCUUGGUCUAUCCUCGAGUAUGGAGAUCAGAUGGACGUCGUGGGUCAAUUGGAUCCUGCCAAAGAUUCUCUAAAGUGGAUUACUGACUAUCUUAUUAAUGCUCAUCCUUCAGAAAACGUGCUUUACAUUCAGGUCGGGGAUCCUGAUAUAGACCAUGCCUGUUGGGAUAGGCCUGAAACCAUGACUGGGAAGAGGCCACUCACGAUGAUCAAUGCCUCUUUUCCAGGAACAGAUGUAGCAGCAGAAACCGCUGCAGCUAUGGCUUCAGCAUCUCUUGUGUACAAGAAAACUGAUCCCACCUAUUCAGACUUGCUUCUUAAGCAUGCUGAGGAAUUGUUUUCUUUUGCCGAUGAGCAUCGAGGUUUGUACAGUGUCAGCAUUCCUAAAGUCCAAACCUACUACAAUUCAACAGGAUAUGGAGAUGAACUUCUAUGGGCUGCGAGCUGGCUGUAUCAUGCAACAGAGGAUGAAACCUACCUUAAUUAUGUGUCUGGAGACAAUGGGAAAUUGUAUGCAAAAUGGGGAAGCCCCACCUGGUUUAGUUGGGAUGACAAGCAUGCAGCAACCCAAGUUUUAUUGUCUCGCUUAAACUUCUUUGGCUCCGAAGGUGUUUCAAAGUCGGUUCAAGUUUACAAGAAAACAGCCGAAGCUGUCAUGUGUGGCCUAAUCCCAGAGUCUCCAACCGCAACAAGCAGCAGAACAGAUGAUGGUCUCAUAUGGGUCAGUGAAUGGAACGCUCUGCAGCAUCCUGUGUCUUCAGCAUUCUUAGCUUCCCUUUACAGUGAUUACAUGCUUACCUCCAGAACUGCAAAAUUUUCUUGCAGUGGGGAGACCUACACACCAGCAGAUCUAAGAAAUUUUGCCAAAUCUCAGGCUGAUUAUGUGUUGGGCAACAAUCCUAUGAAAAUGAGCUAUCUGGUGGGAUAUGGUGACAAAUUUCCACAGUAUGUCCACCACAGAGGUGCGUCAAUCCCAACUGAUGCCACAACCAAAUGUAAAGAUGGGUUUAAGUGGCUCCUCUCGACCAAACCAAACCCAAAUAUAGCUUAUGGAGCUCUUGUAGGCGGGCCCUUCCUUAAUGAGUCAUAUAUUGACUCACGAAACAAUUCCAUGCAAGGGGAACCAAGCACAUACAACAGCGCUCUGGUCGUGGGCCUGCUAUCGAGUUUAGUGACCACCUCCUCAGCAUUGCAAUCCUUCACCUAAUGCAGCUGGUAUAUAUUUAUAUUCUAUUAUCCAAAUUUGUGAUCGUUUUAUGUUUUGUAGCUUGCCAUUUAUUUGUGCUGAGAGUGUUAGUACCUCUUGCAAGUGAGCGUUUGCCUAUCCUCUAACAAAAGUGAAGCCGCACAGUAAAAUUAACCGUGUAUCUGAUGUGUGAAGUGAACCGAGCUGUUUUGGCACCUUUCCCAAACAAUUAUGAGUAAUUCUUUAUUGGAGUUAUAUAUAUUGAAACUUGUUGUUGCCUCGUC